CGCGGAAGGUGUGUGUUCACUCAGCUCGAGCGCUGUUAACAGGGGCUCCCAGACUGUGAACGCGCCUCCACGCACUCACGCGAAGACAAACAAACUUAUCUGGAUGGAGAUCGUUUGUUACAUAACUUACUGGAAACAAAGCCUCUGACACACUGGAUUUAUUUUAGGGGCCCCCACUCACUAUCGCAGCGUGUGGCCCCUCGGACAGAGGUGGGAUAAUCUGAGCCCUCCUGGCACCUCGAUGCCCAAACAGAGGCGGAGGUCGCUGAGAGAGGCGGUGUUCUUCCAUUCGUCUCCGGUUGGCGACGGAUCCCGGAGAGGAGGAGGAGGAGGAGGAGGAGGACGCGCAGGAAACUUUUCAUCCAUAGAGAUUUGUGAUGAUCAAGCACAGAUGGCGGAACAGUUCAGUGGGCAAGCAGGCUUUCUCUCCGACGGUAACCGGGGGAGAGUGUGCCUAGUUCCGCAGGUGACCAUCACGUCUGAUGGGGACUCACGGGAGAUCACUGAGGAGGAUCUGGAGGAGGAGGUGAACGGACGGCUGCGCCGUAAACUCUCCAACUCCUCCAUCUCCUCCAACGGCUCCUCCACGGCGUUUGACGAGUCGGAGGAUGACAUCCUCAGCGACAACGAGACCAAAAGCAAAGGCAUCGUGACACUCGAGCAUUUGGGGGACUCAGUAGAUUCAGGAGAGCAAAGCAAUGCCUGGUGGAAGCUGAAGACUAUUGUCAGUUGCCCAUUAGUGAACUCACAGCGAAGACGACUAUCCUGGGUACAGUUAGCAGGCCAUAAAGGCAGCUUUAAAGCAGGGGAUGAGGGCUCCAUCCUGAAGAAGUUCUCAGAGAAUGAGAAGCUGUGUUUCGAGAGGCUGAAAGAGGACGCUUUACAUUCCUUCGUGCCCAGCUACUAUGGGGUGGUCGAGAGAGACGGAGAGCUUUUUCUCAAAAUGAGAGACCUUUUGGCCAAAUUUGAUUUGCCCAAUGUCAUGGACUGCAAGAUGGGAGUGAGGACAUAUCUGGAGGAGGAGUUGGCGCGGGCCAGGGUGAAGCCAAAGCUGCGUGAAGACUUGUAUAAUAAGAUGCUGGAGGUGGACGGAGAGGCUCCUACAGCGGAGGAGAAGAAACAGAAGGCUGUUACCAAACCACGUUAUAUGCAGUGGAGAGAAAGUCUCAGCUCUACUAACACUCUGGGCUUCCGGAUUGAGGGUAUCAAGAGGGGGGAAACCUGCAACACAGACUUUAAAAAGACCCGGUCAAAGGAAGAUGUCAUUCAGGUCUUUAAGGAUUUCGUCAAAGGCAAUAAAAACAUAACUAACUCCUAUAUUACAAGGCUUGAAGAUAUUAAACAGGCACUGAAAGCCUCAGAGUUCUUCAAGAAACACGAGGUAAUUGGGAGUUCGCUUCUCUUCAUUCACGAUCACACAGAGAGAGCUGAAGUCUGGCUCAUUGAUUUUGGUAAGACUACACCACUCCUAGACGGACAGAAUCUGGAUCACUACAGACCCUGGGAGGAGGGCAACCGGGAAGACGGAUACUUGUGGGGCCUGGAGAACCUGCUGCAAACCCUUUCCUCAUUGGCCAGGGAGUGACCUUCUGACUGCAAACUUCUCACUGUCCGAGUGACAGCCACAGCAUGCUAAUAGACACUUUUAAACCUUCUGCAGUGCAUUAUAGGGAGGCUACCAGAGACGAAGUCCAUUACUUUACAGUGUUAGGCUGUAAAAGCAUUUCACCCUGAUCAUGGUUUUAAUAAAUGCACCAUGAAUAUGUCUGUUGUCAUAAUGCAUUAUACAGUUACUCUUCCCCACAGUCCAAAAAAAAAAAAAGAGAAAGACAAAACGUAAUUGUAAAGAAAUGCAUAUGAGGGCACAAUUUAUGUGUGCAUAUAAAACUAAUUUCAAUCACUUAAGCAUAGACCUUUCAAUCAAAAAUUGUAAUAUAAUGAGGAACAAAAUCAGUUUAGCUUGUCCAGUUUCUUUGGCUGGGUUUGCAUGCUGGAAUCUAUUAAAGUCAAGUGUUUAUUUCUGCGCACUUCAUAUAAGACUUCAUAUAAUCAAAUUUAGUUGUAAGCAACAUUUUGUUCAAUGUCUAGGCCCUGCAAACACUAGUCAAACAAUUGACGUUGCACAUCUGACUGUUUCUUAAAGUACCAUCAAACUAAAGUGUAUAGUUGGUGUAGCACAUGCAUUGAAGUGUGUUAUGUAGAAUGCAUAUACAGUGAUACAAUGUGAAUGAUGCACAACAGUAGUGCAUUUAUUGUACAAUAGAAUGAUAUGUAUCGCUUUGACUGUAGUGAUCAAUCAUGGGUGGACUUAUUAAUUCUUUCUUGGAUAUAUUAUAUUGGUUUUAAGAACCUGGGUUGUCAUUUUCUCUACCUGCACACCACUGAAAGUGUUUCAUUAUCAGACAAACUUAACCUUGUGACACUAUUUUGUUUAUGGGGGCAGGUGAGUUUUGUUACAGUGUUCCCUGUGCAGUAUGUUUAUGACAAAUAAAAAAAAACAUCUGCUCAAAAAUCA